AUGCAAACACCUAAAGACAAAUGCCGUCAGGACUUUUCUUCAAUUUACAACAACAGUCGAAGUGUAUCAGUGAAAGAUAGACCACGCGAGAUUGUCAGUUUAGUGCUCGGAUUGAUAAUCGCCAUAUUGUUCAGGGCUCUCGUUCAGGAAACUGAUAAAUAUGUGAAUUGA